AUGAAUCACCUUCCACAAGCUUGGGGUCGUCCUAGAGAUGAUGUUUAUGGCGCCUAUGAUGCUUCAUAUCUUCAACAAAACGGACCAAAUCAGCACACUCAACAACCCAUCGUUACUGGUACAUCUGUUGUGGCAUUAAAAUUCAAAGAUGGUGUUGUAAUUGCAGCAGAUAACUUGGCAUCAUAUGGUUCUCUCGCACGAUUCACAGACGUGAAACGUCUUCGAAAAUUCGCAGACACAUCCGUUGUUGGGUUCGGUGGCGACGUAUCAGACAUGCAAUACUUAGACCGACUUCUUCAAUCUCUUGAUACCGAAGAAGCAUAUGGCGCAUCAGGUCACACUCUCAAUGCUCAUAACCUCCACAAAUACCUCUCCAAAGUUCUUUACAAGCGUCGAUCUGAUUUCAACCCUCUUUGGAACACUUUACUGGUCGCGGGAAUGGAUGAACAUGAUAAGCCUUUCUUGGCAAGCGCUGAUUUACUGGGUACAACGUUCUCAUCACCAAGUUUGGCAACUGGAUUCGGUGCGCACUUGGCCCAGCCAUUGUUAAGAAAGGUUGCGCCAGAUGAGGAGGCUGCUGCUUUGUUGACCAAGGAGGUGGCUUUAGAGGCAAUUAAGGAGAGUAUGAAGGUUUUGUUCUACAGAGAUGCGAGGAGUUUGGACAAGUAUUCGAUUGCGGUCAUCACGAAGGAAGGUAUCGAAUUGAAGGAAAAUGAACAAUUGGAGAAGCAGAGUUGGGCUUUUGCUGAACAAAUUCGGGGUUAUGGAACUCAGGUCAACUAA